AUGGACUCGAGAAAGACGAGUUCGAGGCUGCAGUCCCUCCGAGCCGUGGAGGAGGUGCUGCCGAUGUACGCGCCGCGAAUGCAGCUGGGGGCGGGCUCAUUCGGACGGGUGUUUCUGAUGGAGCACCGGCAGACGGGCGGCAAGGUAGCCGUUAAGACGCUGAAGAAGGAACGGAUAGUGGAGCUGGGGAUGCAGGAUAAGGUCCGCCGGGAGAUCAGCAUUCUGCUCCGCGUGCGUCAUCCCAACGUCAUCCGUCUCUACAACGUCGUCGAGACGCCCAAGUACAUCCUACUCCUAAUGGAAUACGCCGAAAACGGCGAGCUAUUCGACUACAUCACGCAGCGCGGGCGGCUGACGGAGGGCGAGGCGCGGCGAAUCUUCCAGCAGAUCGUGGCGGGAGUGGAGUACUGCCACCGCCGCAUGGUGGUUCACCGGGACCUCAAACCCGAGAACAUUCUGCUCGACGCGUCGUGGACCGUCAAGAUCGCCGACUUCGGCCUCGGGAACCUCAUGACCGAAGGGCAUUUUCUGCGGACCAGUUGUGGCUCGCCGAACUACGCUGCGCCUGAGGUCAUCAGCGGUCGUUUCUACUGCGGCCCAGAAGUCGACGUGUGGGGGUGCGGCGUGGUGCUCUACACGCUCCUCUGCGGCCGUCUGCCCUUUGACGAGAAAUCCCACGUCGCCCUCUACCAGAAGAUCAAAGCCGGCGCCUAUUCCCGCCCCACUCACGUCACCCCCGCCGUUCAAGACCUCCUCGCGCGCCUCCUAGUCGUCGAUCCCACCAUGCGCGCCACGAUCCCCGAGAUCCGACGGCAUCCGUGGUUCCUGCCGUGGUUCCUGCCGUCCGAUCUGAUCCGCCUGCAGGAGGACACGGCCGCCGGCCGGCCGGCGGCGCCGCUACAGCUGAACGCGACGGCGAUUUCGAAUCUGCAGGCGGUGAGGGUGACGGGGGAGGGGCGCGCGGUGCUGGCGGGGAACUGGGUGCAAGAGGCGUUCGCGGCUAGGUUCGCUGGCGCGGGCGCGGGAGGGGAAGGUGGUAACGGUGGCGGCGGGGUGGGAGCAACAGCGCUGCGCUACCAGGGGUGCCUGGAGGCGGCUGUAGCGGCUGUAGCGGAGGAGGCGGAGCUGCAGAGGCGGCGACAGCAGCAGCAGUACAGGUGGCGCGCUGCGAUUAGCGAGCGCGUGGAGAAGCGCCAGCGGGGCGGGGUAGCCGCCCUGCUGUCCCUCUCUCCGCCUAGACCUCUCACAGGGUCCCUCUCGUCCCCUGUGCUUAUAGAGCAGGCCAUUCCCGCCGCCACUUCGUUUGAAGCACUUGCUGCAGCCCAAAAGAAGCUGGCUCAGGGGGAAAAAUCCGGCCCGAUGGGGGCAGCAGCAGCAUCAGCGGGUCUCCAUGAUGCUACAGUCGCUGCUGGGUUGAGGGAUGUGUCAGUGACAGGUGGGUUGCACGAUGGGCGUGGGAAUCACACCGCGGAUGGCGAGUUAACCCUUGCUGUCCGCGGCCUGGACGAUAGAGAAUGCUCUAGUAUGGCCGGGACUGGCAUGGGGGAGGGAGGAGGAGGCGGGGGAGGAGUGGGAAGGAUGGGAGGAGGCAGGGAAGGGGCGAGGGAGAUGGGAGGGGGGUUGACAGGAGGAGCAGGAGACGGGGCGGGGACAGGCGCAGGGCCGGUUCUGACAAGUAUAGGGCCGGGGAGUGGUGCAGGGCAAGGGGCGGGAAUGAACUCGACGAGUCUCACCAGCCUGACGCUGGAAAGCAUAGGGGCCUCUGCUGCUGUGGCUGCAGCGGCGGCAGCUGCAGCGGCGGCAGCAGGGGAUGGGCUGCGGUUUGAAGUGGUGCUGAUGCAGGAUGGCAAGGGGGAGAGCUUGCUAGACCUGUGCCUGCUGUCAGGGUCUAGUGCAGCUUUUGCGGAUUUCUGCUCCAUCUUAUGGCACAACCUGUCGCAGCUGUGA